AGUAACAACAGGUAACAAAAGGAAAAGUUUUACAUCUCUUCAGCAGACAUGAAUCAUACUUCACUUUGGAGUAAAAUUAUUACAAUAAACACAAUGUUAGUCAGACUGCACAGCAUCAUAAGCAGAGGUAUAGCAUGUUCGUCUCCACAUUCAGACAGUAAAGACAACAUCACAGACAAUAGCUGUGGUGCAUAAAGAGACAGUGUGGUGUGAGACAGAGUCACGGAAAGCUGAACAAACAGGCAUAUUAGCAUUAUGAAAACACAAAAAAACACAGUAAUGUUGUUAUUGUUGGCUCCACCGUCUGCACGCCUCUUCACACAUACCUCAGGCAAAGACGGGACAAAAAGUGUGAGAUGGUGAGCAACAGGGAGUGGGUGUGUGCUGUGGGUGGGGAGAGUUUUGGGAGGGCUUUAGGUGUCACACAUUCCCCAGCAAGAUCUAAAGAGUGAACCCAGUGUCUCCAGUCUGGCAUUCCCUGAGCGAGCAGCACACCUGUGAUCCGGACAGGCACCGUUUUCAGAAGUAUCUACAUGAAACUACUCCACUGCACUGUAAUACAGAUCUGCAGAUUACACUUUACACCUGUCGUGCUCUGUCGCAGCCUUUACCAGCAACAAUAUGAGUGAAUCAGCAGAGGCUUUGGCAGCUAACAUCAAAAGCCGAAGGAACAUCACCAUCGAGAUCACCAACAUCACCAAUAACUACUGCCUAGUUGACCCCAAGGUUUACCUGGACAGUGGCAACUGCCACAGCCCACCCCAACCCACCGUACGCCCCCUGAAAACCGAGGUGUGCAACUUCAGCAAGACCAGCGCCAAAGCCUGCGGCGCAGUGGGCGUCCUGACCUAUGACCUGUUUGAGAGGCAAAGCAACUGUGCUACGGAGACAUUAGCUAUAAUGUUCUCCGUGCCCUAUGACUAUAACAUGUACAAGAACUGGUUGGCCGUGGGAAUCUACGAGCACGGCAAAGAGUGCAACGAGAGUCUGUACAAAGAGAUGUAUUACAACAAAGAGCAGCAGGGCUUUGUACGGGAGGAGGCCAAAGGCUGUAGUCUCACGUAUAAGGGCAAGCACCUGGACAUCAUGGCUACCAUGUCCCCUUUGGGCAGGGCCAUUUUGAAGGUAGAGGUGUGGGACAAGGUCUUCACUCACUAAGCCGAUGAAUCAUUAUUGUCAAAAUAAUCCAGUUUGACAGACCAGUGUGCAGUGUUACAUAUGUUUAGCCCUUUGUACACCUGUGCUACUGUACCAUCUGUUCAUGCAAUAAAUCCAGAAUGAGUCUGAUAUGACAAAA